AUGGCCUCCCUCGCUCAGGGCCCCUCCAUGUUGAGGGAUCUUAACCAAAAUAUACGAAAAGCCCCGGGUCAAACCCUGUCAGCGACACAGCGAAAGGAAGCAAGAGCCGCCAAAGCCCGUGCACAACAGGCAAUAAACAGCGUGCGUGGAAUGAUUGAGCACUCCACUCAGAACUACGAGGCUAGUAAGAAAGCUAGGAAAUUGGAUGCUGAGGCUAAAAAAGGAGCCGCUAAACGACAAGCCCAAGCCGCUCAGCCUCUCGAUGUCAACCAGCAAUUCAAAGCCGACACAGAAACGAACUUGUCCACCGUAAAAGAGACCGUACAGGGUAUGGAAAACUCUAUCAGCCAAAUAAUACCUAGCUUCGAUAAUACCUUGGGACUGCCAGGUCUCUCCACGUUCUCGGCUACUUUAGAAACGGUGCCUCUUGUGGGCAUGUUGAAUUCAACGGUGCAAUAUGUGGCAACCACGAUUGACCAAGGAGGUAAUAUUGACGAAGAGUGGGAUUUAUUUGAUGAUAUGCCAGGUACUCCUGGCUCUGGCCAAACGACGUCUUUAUUCUCCUACAAAGGCAGUUUCUUCGUCACUGUUGGAAGUAGUGUCUGGGCAAAAACCCCCAAAAAUAGUGGUGACCCGAACUUGGCACAGGCCUCGAACAACUGGCCAGAACUUUAUAAUCCGGGAUGGGAUGCUAUGGGUAGUUGCAUUCCAGCCGAAAAUACCAGGGGGCUAGUUCCUUAUAGUGAAAUAUCCUCAGACAACCAAGCGCUAAAUUCAUGGCUCAUCAUGGUAAACAGCGACGGCUCAUUGAGUUACAGCUCCCAGGAGGUUGGCGCGAACAUGCAAUUCAACCCCCUGCCAUCAGAUGACGGUUCAGCUCCUAAUCUCCUGAAGGCAGCGUACUGGAAUGGUUCAAUCUGGGGAUAUGAUGGAAAUAUGAAUCUCUAUCAGAUUGUUCCCAACACCGAUGGCACAGGAGAAAACCUUGUGAAUUAUACCAUCAAGAGCCAGAACACCUUGUCUGAUCCUAUACUUGAUCUGACGGCGGUGGACACCGGCCUUGUUGCCUCGCGAUCAGAUGGGAACCUCUGGAAACUGGUCGUCAACCCACCGGCCGACGAGAAUUCGGGCCCGACAGAGACGUGGACUCAGUGGAUUUCCCAGGGAGGGGUGACUUGUCUUGGAGCCGCAGCACCUGGUGUCAUUCUUGAUAUGCAAACGUUGACUACAUAUUUGAAAGCUAGUUAUAUCGAUACCCAAACUGGUCUGUUUCCGGACAUCAGCCUCAUGCAGGCAUUCUGCACCAGCCACACUCAAUAUCUGAAAAAGCUUAUGAAAUACUCCAAGAAGUGGAUGAAGGCUCCGACUCAGCAGCAGAAAGAUAAAAUUGCGAAGAGAGCUAGUAAAUUCGCAAUUGGUCAUUGUCAGGCAAUAGGCCAGCUCUUAUCUGAAAAUUUGGGAGCAGCAGAUGGCAAGGUGACGCUUAUGACAAAUCAAAUAGGCCAAAUCAACGACGAUAUCCAAGCACAACUGGUCGCUAUUGGCAACCAGAUCACUGAUCUACAACAGACGAUUAACGAUGAAGAGCAAGAGGAGAAGACGCUCACGUCUCUACUCUGGGGUGCAGUGGCUGCCGCUGUUUGUGGCAUUGGCUUGAUCAUAGCAGCCUUCUUCUUUCCUCCGCUCGCUCCUAUACUUGGCUUCGGCGGAGGAGUCCUGCUUAUAGGAGGAAUUACCGACCUUGGAAACAUCGGCGGAAAUUUCGUAUCCCUCUCAAAUGAAUAUAAAUCCUUAGAUUCAUUCUGGACAAUAAUGUAUGGCAUCAGCCAGCAGAUAACUGAUCUCGAUGGCCUGGGUACAGCGCUUCUCGGUGAUCCGUCCAGCAUUACCGCAGCGGAGAACGAUGUCAAGAAAAUCAGCAAGUACCUGAAUGAUUAUGUCGCCAUCCUUGGUUCACAAGGGAUCAAUCCUCCGUCUCAGGUUCUAGAGAAGCUCCCAAACAAUUUGCAUUCAAUGCCAUUCCGUGACCUGGAACAGUAUGUCCAGGAACUAGAGCCACAUACCGAUCGGCAAUUCGCCAUCAAGCAAGAAAUCGUCAGCCUCAUGGUGCACACCGCUACAGAGAGACUCGAAGGAGACGAUGUUGCCAGUUAUCUAUCAAUUCUCAAGCGCGCUGUGUCAUUCAAUAAGCACAUUCAUCACCCAUAUCUCAAACUAAGUGUCUGUUAG